UUUAUAUUAGUAGACAGCGUUUGCACUUGGUAGUAGUUAGCGAGUAAAAGUUUCUUUUACAGAGGAACAACCAAAAUGGUUCGAGGUCCAAAGAAGCACCUCAAGCGGCUCAAUGCCCCUAAACAUUGGAUGUUGGACAAGCUCAGUGGAAACUUUGCACCACGUCCAUCACCUGGUCCUCACAAACUGCGAGAAUGUUUGCCAUUAAUUGUUUUCCUCCGAAACAGAUUAAAGUAUGCUCUAAAUUAUACAGAGGUUACUAAGAUUAUGAAGCAGAGACUUAUCAAAGUUGAUGGCAAAGUCAGAACUGAUGUAUGCUAUCCGGCAGGAUUCAUGGAUGUGGUCACCAUUGACAGAACUGGAGAAUUUUUUCGCCUCCUGUAUGAUGUUAAGGGGCGAUUUGUUUGUCACAAAGUCAGUGCAGAAGAAUCUGCUUACAAACUUGGCAAAGUAAAACGUGUCGGCCAUGGAAAGAAGUCGGUUCCUUACAUUGUCACUCAUGAUUCUCGAACCAUCCGAUAUCCAGAUCCAUCAAUAAAGGUUAACGAUACUGUUGUUAUUGACAUUAAGACCGGUAAGGUCACAGACUUCAUUAAAUUUGACACUGGCAAUACUGUCAUGGUUAUUGGUGGACGUAACACAGGUCGUGUUGGAAUCAUUACUCACAGAGAAAGACAUGCUAGCUCGUAUGACAUUGUUCAUAUCAAAGAUGCAGCUGGUAACCAAUUUGCCACUCGUCUUUCCAACAUUUUCUUAGUUGGCAAGGGAAACAAAGCUAUGGUCACUCUACCGAAAGGAAAAGGGGUCAGACUUACCAUCUCUGAAGAAAGGGACCGAAGACUCGCUCACAAAUAAGUUUGUAAAAUCACCUGUGAAUGAAAAAAAUACUAGAAAUACA